AACAGUUGCAGUUGCUCCGCCUGCAAAGAAUAAAUCAAAAUGCUGCAGUUGCUGCCAUGAUGACCUAUACAGAAGAAUGAGGACAAGACGAAGGCAGUAUUGACUGAGACCUUGGAUCGAAGAAGGCCACAGCUAGGAGACUAUGCGAAUCUGAUGGCAGAGUUGGAGAGAGAGAAAGUCGUGGUGAUUUCGUGGGCUACCACAGAAUGGAGCCUGUCAACAUCGGACAUCUCUGGCCCCCUUCCUCAUCAGAAAUUGCUGUUUGAGUAGCACCAUGGAGGUUGACGACAUACAACAGCUAGUGGGGGGAUACAAGCCCUUCCAAUUGGUGGCCUACUUCUGUCUGGGGUUCCUGUACAUGAGGGGGUCGUGGCAUGUGUUCAGUCCUAUGUACCUUGGCUAUGACCCGGGCUAUCACUGUACACCUGCCCCUAACACCACGCUCAACCUCACCAUCCCUGGCAAGGAAAAGGACGGGGUGUGGGUGUGGGACAAGUGUCUGAUGUACGCCACCCCGGGGGAGAGGAAUGCCACAGUGGCCUGCCAGAAUGGAUGGACAUAUGGAUUUCAGCCAGGAGAGACUUCAUUCCUAGCCGAGUGGAGCCUGGUGUGUGACAAGGAGUACCUGGUGGAGCUGUCCACCACCAUCUACAUGGUGGGCACUACCUGUGGGGCGGUGUUCCUCUCACCCUUGUCGGAUGUGUUUGGGAGGAAGAGGGUGAUGCUGGCCUGUCUGUGGGCCCAGGCGGUUCUCGGCUUCGGCUUGGCCUGGGUGACUGACUUCAUCGCGUACACAGUCAUCAGGUUCUUCAUCGGCCUCUUCAACAUGACAAUUGCUCUGUGUGUGUCUGUAUUACUGUCCGAAUCUUUCGCCUCAACACAUCGCCUCUUGCCCGCCGUCAGUGUCCAGUUCUUUUGGGCUAUGGGCCUAAUGUUGCUGGCUUUGUUCGGCUACCUGGUCAGAAACUGGCGCCAUCUUGAGAUGCUGAUCUCGCUGCCCAACCUCCUAAGUAUAGGCUGCAUAUGUCUAUUAUCGGAGUCCGUUCCUUGGUUGGUCUCAAAGAAAAAACUGGACGAGGCCGAAUCGGUUCUCCGCCGAGCCGCCAAGAUGAAUAAGAUCUUUCUGCCCACUGAUAUCCGCCGCAAGCUGGAAGAGGCGGCCCGGGGAACUUGGACUACCCUGGGGGAGCCUGAGGGCGUUCAGGAACGGGGCCGUGAUCGGGAACGGUCAAAGACUGAGACAAAGCCAGAAUCGGACAAAAAAGAGGGAUUAGUGAUGUCAGAAGUUCACGAAUCCAAACUCACAGCCUUUGGUCUUCUGUGCAUACCAAAAAUCAACGUUUACUGUUUCAUCAUGUUCUUUUUAUUUUUAGCCAACAGUUUGGGGUAUUUUGGAGUGCUGUUCCUGACGCCAACCCUGAACGGGGACCGUUUCCUGAACCUGUUCUUGAGUGCUACCGUGGAAAUACCGGCGUACAUCAUCGCAUACGCUAGUAACCGAUGUAUCGGCCGGCGAAUUCCCAUGAGUGUGUUCCUCCUCGUCUGUGCCGCCGCCAACAUUGGCGCCAUUUUUGUUCCAAGUACUUCCGGUGACGGAAGUGAUAUAGUCUGGUUGAAGACAGCAUUGGUGAUGAUCGGGAAGUUUGGCAUCACUGGAUCUUACUCAACUGUGUAUCUGUAUGCCUCGGAGAUGUUCCCCACGUCCAUCAGGAACCACGCUCUAGGAAUGUGUUCUUUUUUUGAAAACAUCGGUAGCACGGCAGCCCCUUCCAUGGUAAUAGCGGCAAAGAAAAUGACUUACCUCCCCUUAUCUAUAUUCGGUGGCCUGACUGCGGUGGGUGGGAUGCUAGUGUUGAUGCUGCCGGAAACUCACAAGCGGCCCCUCCCCCAGACUGUGGAGGAGGUACAGAGCUGGGGUCGAGGCAGGGGGUAUCAGAGGAACACCAAGAACGGUUCCGUGAACCCUACCUUUGUCGAGACAAACUGACAGGAACCAUCCUCAUAUCGAUGCCCUCUGUCCAAUCUGACACUCUUCUGUUAAGAGGAGGAGACGUUACGCUGACAGUGUAGAACAAAUAAUUUCACGUUCUUCCAAGUGAUGGGAAUCAUCAAAAGUUUCCUGACCUUUGUGUCAAAGGCGAAUCCGUUUGUUGAGAACGCAAAAGAGAGCUUUUAUUAUUGCCUUGCAGUUUGAAGAAAUGUUUUAGAAUGUAAUGGUCUCUACUGAAAAAUGGACCCAGAUAUGUGAUGCUAUUGCAAACAUGACAUUGACACGCACUACUGACCGGAACGAGGUUUUGUCGAAUGAUUGACUCGGUUCGGUGUUCAACGGUCUCAAGGAAAUGUGACAACGGAACAUUUUGUUUUAUAGAAAAGCAGAUAAAGAAGACGCUCCCCUUGAAAUAAAUGGCAAUAGAAUAGAAACAUUUUAGUGGAAUACUAUACCAGCUGAUGAACAUAACAGGAGGACAGUGCAUGGCUGUUCGUAUUUUACGCUGUUUCAUUCAUGCGUUGUUUAGUGAGUGAGAGAGAUGUAACGCCGCUGCAACAGUUAUAUCGUGGGUGGUGCGUCAGCUUGAUGUGGGUGAAAGGCCCAAGGUGAUGCAGUCAUAGACGUUUACAACCUGUUCAUAUGCACAACAUUUAAUAACGUGAGUAAUUUUACACAUGUGUAACUAUACAUACGUGCGUAUAUGUAAAUUUACUCUGCGUUCACAUGAAAAGCAUCUUAGGUGUGUAAAUAUAGUAUGUAAAUUGUGUGAGGCACACAUAUUCGUCAGUCUGUUCACGACUUUCAACACAAACAGGUUGUUUUCCAAUCAAAGUUGAAUGAGAAGAGUGUUACUUCACCGAAAAUUUUCGCGUGAAGCAACAUGUGUUUGUUUUCAUUUGUACAAAGUUUUGACUCCUUGAAACCUUGAAGAAAACACCGUCCGCUCAACUCUGUGUAUAGACGCAUAAAAGUUGGCAACUGUU